AUGAGAUACAAGUAUAAUCCAUCCUUAAAGGAAUUACGUUCUAGCUUGAAGUAUCGAACGAGAGAAUAUCUUUUGGAAAACACUUUACAUGGUGUUCCAUAUUUUGUGGACCCUACGCGACCUAAAUGGGAGAGAUUAAUGUGGUUCUUUUUGACGUUCGCAUCGCUAUUUGCAAUUGUGGCUAUAAUCGUGAUCAUCUUAGGCAAAUUCCAAACAGAUCCAACUAUAACUGGAUUAGAUAUGAUAACGGAACAUAUUAACAUCGAAUUUCUUCAGGUCUUCAUUUGUUUCGAUUGGUUUCACUUGAAUCAUUCGGAUGUACCUGAGAAUGAAAUGUAUAUGUACGAAGAAUUAUAUAACUGGACUUUUGGAAAAAGUAUCGAUUCACAAUUAUUCCCAGCUGUUUACAAAAGCAGGAAUAACUUUCGUAGAACUUUUGAAACGAUGGCACCCGAUUGUGACUCUUUAAUUAGUGACUGUGUAUACAGAGGAGUAAAUAAAUCGUGUAAUGCACUAUUUACAAAAGUGUCUACUGCCGUGGGCAUUUGCUGCAAAUCUAGAAAUUUAGAGCCACUUAGAUUUAUAGAUCCUUCAUGGAGUCUUGAAUUUGAGAUCUCCAGUACAAGUUUUCCCCUAAGGGUUUAUUAUACGGAACAAAAUGUUGAAAGUCCAAAACCAGAUGAAAGACCGGUAGUAAGAGCCUAUUUUCCUAUAGAUGUUGAAUUUAUCGUUCAUAUAACAUAUACAACUCCUGACAUUCGUCAUCUGUCUCUUGGACAACGAAAAUGUUACUCCAAACAAGAUAUAAAUUUAAAUUUUAACGACUGCGAGAUCAAUUGUCUCACCGACAAGCUACUUAAAGAGUGCAGAUGUUCACCGUGGUUUUUAUCGUUUAAUCAGAAAGAAGAAUGUCCACCUUCAAAGUAUUCCUGCUUAUAUCACGUUAAUAUGGACGUGACACAAUGUGGUUGUUGGCUAUCUUGCGAUCAUGUAUCGUAUGAUGUAAUGCAAAUACAAGCGUCUCCUAAAAGUACCAAUCGAAUCAUGUUGAGAAACUGGCCGACAGCUCUCUAUAAAAUAGAAAUGCGAUUUGGCUAUUUAGAUUUACUUGUGUCAUUCGGUGGCAUUGCAGGCCUCUUUCUAGGAUACUCUUUAAUUGUAAAUAUCGAAAUUGGAUAUUACUUUACUCUUAGAACUUACUGCGGAGCUGUAGUUCAAUCAUCUCGAGAACAGCACCGUAUCGUGACUAUUCACGUUGUGGAAAAGAUUCCGCGGAAAGUUGAUGUCAAUCAAAUAUAUUAUCCGUAUAUCGAUUAAUUCCUUUUAAAAAGUAUAUAUUGACGUGUCAUUUUGUUGUUGAAGUUGUAAUUUAAUAUAAUAAUGUAGCAAUGUUUCAAACAUUCGUUUCGUCUUUGAUAUUACAUUUCGUAAUAUUUAAAAUUCGCGCCAGAACAAGUUAAAACAGAUUCGCAAUCCUCGCACAUCAAGGCGGAUUAGCAGUUAAAUUUUAAAAUAUUUAUUCUCAAACUGCAACAUUCGUGAUACAGCAGUAUCAAAAUCUUGUCGUGGAACUUACAAACUUAUAAAAUUACGAUGUUCGCGAUUAUCAUUCUGUUCCAUCGUCGUUGGACAUUUUGUAGAAUUUCAAGUUACUUUUUAGAAGUAACACUGACGGAGGAUUAAAGCAAAUUCGCAAUGCAAGCGCCGUGAGAGCGCUGUGUUGAUUUCCUUGUCGAUCGUAUGUUACUGAUUGUGAAGGUGAACGUAGUGAAAACACACGCGUCUUCCGAAGCGCCACCUUGCUCAUUUCCGAUGUUCUUCUCGGAAAUGGCUGAAACGUUGCGUUUGUGCUAAGAAAACGUGACCAAGAUAGAAUAUUUAAUAACCGAUUGUGAUCCAAGAAACGAGCGUUACACAUUAUUAUCCCGUUGUACGUUGACGUACAUUAAGGCUGUCGCGCAACGGCAUGCAGCUGUCGUAGGUAAAUCGACCACAGUAACACGGAUACAGAAUUUUUCGCAGUAGUCACGGGUAUCCGGGUGCCGGCACAUAUCAAUACAAGCGACGAUUUGGUUAUUGAAAAAAAAUGGCGGCGGAAAUGCAAAGCAAGAAUCGAAUGAUGGUUUUUAA